AUGCAGACUCCACUGACCAUUCCUGUGCCUGUGCCUGUGCCUGUGCUCCGGCUCCCCUGGGGUCCUGACGGCCUGAGCUGUGGCUUUGCCCACGAUGGACGCAGAGCCGCCCUGAAGCCAGAGGUUCCUGCAGUCCAGGAGUGCCCCAGAGUUCAAGGCUCUGGGGAGUCCCAGGAGCAGUGGGCCCAAACUGCCCUCCGGGAGCGCUACCUCCACAGCCUGCUGACCAUGGUGCGCCAUCAGGUGAGCUUCACAUGGCACGAGGGUGUGCAUGUGGCUGCCCACUUUGGAGCCACCGAUCUGGACGUGGCCAACUUCUACGUGUCACAGCUGCAGACUCCCAUAGGUGUGCAGGCUGAGGCGCUGCUCCGAUGUAGUGACAUCAUUUCAUACACCUUCAAGCCAUAA